AAAAAAAAACUUUCCUUUUACGUCGCUGUUUUACACGUUUUAUAUACGGUAUGGUCACCUUUUAAUUUUUGUGAGGAGCAACUUUUUUUUAUUAUUUUUCAAAUUCAAACACAUCAUGGACUCGACGCUGUUUCUAGUCCUUUUUCUAGGCGCGUUUGGGCUCAUCGUAUUCACAUUACUGUUUGGUGAAGGACCAUCAUUGAGACAUGGACCUGUAGGUAUAUUCAACCGAUUUUUGACCGAAAAACUACCCCGAGCAAUCAGUUGGACACUUUUGCAUACUGUUGGACAAGGCAAUGUAAAUCGUUUGGGUAGAAGUUGGGCGUAUUGCUGUGAAAGCCGCAAUCCCUUUUUACAGAUUUUUUUUGUUCUCUUGUCUUCUGUGUCGAUCGUUUUGUUCUUGUAUAAUGCAUUGCCACAUAUACCUGGACCCUACUUACACAAGAUUCACUACUUAUUUAUCCCAGCUCAAAUCAUCAGUCUCUAUGUGGUGUAUUAUUUAGCUUGUUCAGCUGAUCCAGGCAUCAUUACCCAUGAAAAUCUGGAGAAACAUUUAGACUAUUACAAGUACGAUGGAUUAAUUUAUAAGCCAAAAACAUGCACAACCUGUAAAUUACAGAAGCCUGCUCGAUCCAAGCAUUGUUCGAUGUGUAAGGCAUGUGUGGGUAGGCUGGACCACCACUGUGCCUGGGUCAACCGAUGCGUUGGCGAAAACAACCAACGUUAUUUCUUUUUGUUUUUAUUUACACUGGUAGAGUUCUGUGCCUAUGGUGCCUAUUUAUGUUUUGAGGUGUACCGUGGGAUGAUUAUUGAAUGGGGAUUAGAUCAAGCACUCGUUCACGAUACAAGAACAGGUGAAAAAUCAGUGGUCACUUUUCGUAGAGCAUUUUUGUAUGUACUCCACAUUGAUAGGAUAAUCGGCGCCAUUGGUAUACUAGCCGGAGUUGUUUCCGCAGUCGUGUUUAUAUUUUUUGUAUAUCAAUUGUACUUGGCGGGAAGAGGUAUCACUACUAACGAAGCAUUUAAAUGGGAAAUGAUUGAAGAAUCUGUGGAUAGAGGCGAGUUAUUUAAAAUUGUGCCUGUGAAACCCACUGCCAACACCACAGCCUUGGCAGAAAAAAAUUAUACCAAGAGAUACAACAAAAAGACCAAGGAGGAAGAACAUGUGGAAGAAAAGAAAAUCGAGAGUUUUGAAGAGAUUGAAAAUAUCUAUGAUAAAGGGUUUUUGGGUAAUUUGAAAGAAAUCUUUCUUCCUCCCAAUUUUAACUAGUUUCCGUUUUUGGUUUUUAUGUGUAUAAAAUAAACUUUUUUCUUUUAAAACUUU